AUGGCUCCUGUCGCAAAGUCAGGACUCCCCGUCGGUGCCAACAAGGGACACAUCGUCACUCCCUUCACCGCCCCAGUCAAGCCAUCCCGCAGAAAGGGAGCGCUUGCCAAGCGUACGGCCUUUGUGCGUGACUUGAUCCGCGAAGUCGCAGGUCUCGCUCCGUAUGAGCGUCGCGUCAUUGAGUUGCUCCGUAACAGCAAGGACAAGCGUGCACGAAAGCUUGCAAAGAAGAGACUCGGCACACACGGUCGUUCACAGCGCAAGAUUGAGGAGUUGACCAACUACAUUGCAGAGUCCAGGCGUGCAGGACACUAA